AUGCACGGCUCGGAUCCCGUCAAGGUCGAGCUCAACCGGCUCGAGAACGAAGUCAGGGAUAAGGAUAGGGAGCUGGGCGAGGCACAGGCGGAGAUUAAGGCGCUACGCCUGUCGGAGAGGGCGCGGGAGAAGGCCGUCGAAGAGGCCCUUGAUUCCUUUUCCCCCCUUUGCAACUCAACUUGUAGGCUUCUGACCAGAUAUGUAUCCUUUCCUAACAUGCUUUUUAAAUUGCCAAACGAAGUAGCCCGCGGAAAACUCACUGAAGAAUUGGAGAAGCUGGAUGAGAAGCUCAAGUUGACAGAGUCUCUCCUUGAUAGCAAAAAUCUAGAACUGAAAAAAACAAAUGAUGAGAAAAAAGCAGCUAUGGCAGCCCAGUUUGCAGCAGAAGCAACGCUGCGUAGAGUACAUGCAGCCCAAAAGGAUGAUGACAUGCCACCUAUUGAAGCCAUUCUUGCACCACUUGAAGCUGAGUUAAAGCUUGCUCGGCAAGAGAUUGCAAAGCUCCAAGAGGACAACAGAGCAUUAGAUCGUUUGACAAAGCAAAAGGAGGCAGCACUGCUAGAAGCAGAAAGGACUGUACAAACUGCAUUAGCAAAAGCUGCUAUGGUUGAUGACAUGCAAAACAAGAACCAAGAUCUGAUGAAGCAGAUUGAGAUCUGCCAGGAAGAGAAUAAGAUAUUGGAUAGGUUGCACCGCCAAAAAGUUGCGGAAGUCGAAAAGCUUAGUCAAACAGUCAGAGAGCUUGAAGAGGCUGUCCUUGCUGGUGGUGCAGCUGCUAAUGCUGUUAGAGAUUACCAGCGGAAAGUCCAGGAAAUGAAUGAAGAAAGAAAAGUUCUUGACCGUGAACUUGCUCGAACAAAAGUUACAGCAAACAGGGUUGCUGUUGUAGUUGCAAAUGAGUGGAAAGAUGGCAAUGACAAAGUAAUGCCUGUUAAACAGUGGCUUGAAGAGCGCAGAUUUCUGCAGGGUGAGAUGCAGCAACUUCGUGACAAACUUGCUAUUGCAGAGCGAACUGCUCGAUCGGAAGCUCAAGUAAAGGAAAAGUAUCAGUGGCGCCUAAAAGUUCUAGAAGAUGGAUUGAGGGGGCCGCCAAGUGGUUCUAGCCGUCCUCCUACAGAAGGAAGGAAUACAAGUAGUGGAUCUUCCCGUCGUCUAUCGCUAGGUGGAGCUGAUAAUCUGUCCAAAGUCUCCCCGGUUGGUGCAUUAAUGAGGAGAUCCCCGGUUGGCAGCAGCUUGGUCCUCAAGCACGCAAAAGGAACUUCAAGGUCUUUCGAUGGUGGUACGAGGUCUUUAGACCGGGGAAAGGUCCUUGUGAAUGGACCUCAUUUACUCAAUAGAUCUACAGAUGCUGUUGGGGACUGCGAGACUACUGAUAGCUGGAAGGCUAGUGGAGAAGAGAAAAAUACUGAAACCACAAAUAGUGAUUCAACUGAUAUGGUCUCUGGUGUACUCUAUGACAUGCUGCAGAAGGAGGUGGUUUCAUUGAGAAAGGCAUGCCAUGAGAAAGACCAAAGUCUAAAGGACAAGGAUGAUGCAAUCGAGAUGUUAGCAAAGAAAGUAGACACCUUAACCAAAGCCAUGGAGGUGGAGGCUAAAAAGAUGAGGAGAGAGGUAGCUGCUAUGGAGAAAGAAGUUUCUGCUAUGCGCCUUGAGAAGGAACAAGAGAGCAAGGCCAAGCGUCUUGGUAGUUUGAGAGGACCUGGCACAGUUUCUCAGGCACUUCCCGGAAGGUACGCCAAGAGUGCCUUACAUUUUGAGAACUUGAUCUCUUAA